AUGUCGGCUUUAAUCUUAAAAGCUGCUAAUGAAUUUUCAGUUUUAUUUCUUGGUACAUCCCGUAGUGAUGAUUCUGUAGGUGACCGUCUCAGUUAUCGAUAUACGUGUGCUAUACUUAUUGCUUUUACUGUUAUUGUUUCAAAUCGUGAAUUUACUUCAAAACGUAUUCAAUGUUGGGUUCCUGCUUUUUUUACAGGAAAUUAUGAAGAUUAUACUAAUAAUGUGUGUUGGGUACGUAAUACGUAUUAUAUUGAUGAUAAUAGCGAAAUACCAGACAGUACUAAUAUUCGUCAUGAAUCAUCGAUACGUUAUUAUCAAUGGAUACCGUUUAUACUUCUUUUUCAAGCCUUUAUGUUUUUUAUACCUUAUGUUUUAUGGAGAGUCCUAUGUCAGCGAUCUGGUAUUGAUAUACGCGAUAUUGUUGAAGCUGCAACAAAUUAUAAAAAAGCAAGCGAUGAAAAACAACGUGAACGUUUAAUGAAAUUUAUUAUUUCAGUUAUUGACCAAUACGUUGAUGAUCCACGUCGACAAUCAAAUAAUCGUGAAACUAUUUGGUGGAAAAAAAUUUUUCUUGUCUUUUUUCCAUCAUCUGGUCGCUAUAUGGGCGAUUAUUUAAGAAAUUUAUUUUUAUUUAUUAAAAUGAUUUAUGUGACUAAUAUUAUUGCUCAGAUAGUGAUUUUAUCUUUGCUAUUGGGUCAACCAUUUUGGUCAUUAGGUAUUACUGUAAUUCGACUUUUAUACGAAGGAAAAGGAUGGGACUUUACAAGUCGAUAUUUUCCUAAAGUAACAUUAUGUGAUUUUCAAAUUCGGGAAGCCAAUGCUUUACCGAUAGCUCACACGUAUACUGUAAUGUGUGUUUUACCAAUAAAUCUAUUUAAUCAGCAAAUAUUUACAUUUCUUUGGUUUUGGUUUGUUUUUGUCAUUAUUUUAACUAUCUAUGAUCUUUUUAUAUGGAUUUAUCGAUUAUUUUUUCGACGUGAAACAUACCUUGAGGAACGUUUAAAAGUAAUGGAUUAUAAAAUUUCACAAGCAUGGCCAUUCAAUAAUCCAUGUGGCAAGCAUGUUAAUAAAAAAGAUAAUGAGCAUGUCAUGAGAGUAAUAAGUCGCGAUGAAACGGCUUCUACAACGGGGGAUGAAGUAUAUGUAUUGUGUAAUGGAAAGAAGAUUCAUCAUGAAUCACGAAUGUUUUUUGUCCCUAAAGUUUACUAUGAAGGCAAAGGUCGGACUUUAUUUCAAUUUUUCAAUGAAGAAUAUUUAGAAGCAGAUGGACAUUUUAUUUUACGUAUAAUUGGUUCAAAUGCUAGUGAAUUUGUUUCGACUAAAAUCAUUCAUGAUCUGUAUGAAAAGUGCUGUGAAAAACGAUUUGCUGGAAAUGAAGUUGAAAUACAACAACCAAAAGCACACACUACUCUUUAUAAAUAUCUAGUUAUUCCAAGAGACGGUCCUCCGCGUCCACCACCACCACAAUUAGAAGAACCUAAAACACCAAAUAAUGAAGUCGCAAUGAAAACGAAUCCCUUUAUUGAACAUUCUUCCAUUGCACCAACCGAAUAUUCAUCAAAUAAUCAGCAACCACCAGAAAUCAAACGACGCAUAUCUCAUAAUACUUCAAAUACAGAACGUGAAGCUCGAACACGUUCUGAUACACUUCCAUUUCUCCCACAUAUAGAACAGUUACAGCCAAUAUCAGCAAUGAGAAGUGGCAAUGGUUCAGUAGCUCCAAGACGUGCUCAAUUUUAUCCACAACACGAGGAACAUGAAGAACAACACGAAGAUCAAUAA